ACACCAACUUACAGAGCUUAUCCCCCAUGUUUCUUCCUCAUUUCUGGAAAUUUCUCUUUUGUUGAUGAGUUUCUCCAGUACCAAAUUACCAACUUGAAAACGUUGAAAGGAAUUUGAUCAAAUCAAAUGAAGAUCCAGUGUGAUGUAUGUGACAAAUAUGAAGCAUCAGUAUUCUGUGUGGCGGAUGAAGCAGCCCUCUGCGCCGCCUGUGACCAUCGUGUCCACCAUGCCAACAAACUUGCCGGAAAACACCAACGCUUCUCCCUCAUCCAACCUUCACCUAAACAAUUCCCAGUCUGUGACAUAUGUCAGAAGAAGAGGGCCUUCUUGUUUUGUCAACAAGAUAGAGCAAUUCUAUGCAGAGAAUGUGAUAUUCCAAUACAUAAAGCAAAUGAACACACUCAAAAACAUAAUAGAUUUCUUCUCACUGGUGUAAAGCUAUCUUCAACCUCUGCUCUUUAUUCUUCAUCCUCAACAUCAACAGAAUCCUCCAUAACUAUUGUUUCAGAUUCUGUUCUGAAUAUCCAGUCCCAGACUUCAUUAAAUAAGCCUGUUUCUAUUUCAGUUUCUUCUUCUAUUUCUGAAACCCCCACCAAUCCACCACCUUUCACUGCAAAGACUACAAGUUCAGUUAUUGGAAGCGCCGACGGAUCGCCGCCACCGGAGACUAAUGACGAAACUGGUGGAAAUACUCAACUUAUAAAUUGUUCCACAACUAGCAUAUCAGAGUAUUUAAUAGAUACACUUCCAGGGUGGCAUGUUGAAGAUUUUCUUGAUUCUUCUUCUUCUGGUUUCUUUAAGACUACAGAAAAUGAUGUGUCGUCAUUUUUGAAUGCUGAUCUUGAGAGCAAUCAGCUGAGUGCUUUUUCCCAAGAAAAUACGGGGUUUUGGGUCCCUCAAGCCCCUCAUCCUUUGUAUUAUCCACCACAAAUUCAGUCAUAUCCAACUUUAAACAUGGCAUUUGGGGCACCAGAUGGAUUAAAGGAGCCGAAGGAAAUAUCAAACAUCAAAUCCAGCAGAAAAUGGAGUAGUGAAGACAAUUCAUUUGCUGUUCCGCAGAUUAAUCCAUAUACCGCUGCCUGAAUGAGAUCAAGAACUUUUCGGUAGUCCCAAAAAAAAAAAAAUAAUGUUACCUUUUACUGAUCUGGUUUCCAUUUUUCACGGUUUUAUGGAGUUUUUUAUUUUCAUUUUUCAUUUUUAUUUGAUUGCUGUAGUUUGAUCCCUCUUUCACCCAAGCUUGCUCCAAGUAAACUCCAAAAUCUUCAGUCAGAUUUUUACUGUCCAUGUACUUGAUGCAUGCAUCGAUAUUUUUGUCUGUAAUUUGGGUGCAUGCAGUAUUAGAUGGACUGAAAACUGAAAAGUAAGAUUUUAACCCCUUUUUUCCCCGAAUUAAUCUACUUGUACAAUUAUUUUUGACAAUAAUGGAUGACAACAUUGAUGUUGUCAAAAUCUGCUCCGUUAGUUUUAAAAAUAGAUUUUGAAAUGGAUGAAUGUAAUAAUGACAAGUAUGAUUGUCAAUCAAUAUUGUAAGAAAUAAUUGUACUUGUAGCAUGACUCUUUUUCCCCUCUUUAGCGAUGUCAGAGUACGAUUAUUUCAUUUAUCUUGAGAUAUAAAAUGUCUAAGAUCUUUAUGCUUAAA